AUGUCUUGCUUCAAGAACAAAUACGCAGAUGAGCUCGUCAAGAAUGCUGCCUACAUUGGCACCCCUGGUAAGGGUAUCCUUGCUGCUGAUGAGUCAACUGGCACAAUUGGCAAGCGUCUAUCUAGUAUUAAUGUUGAGAAUGUUGAGGAAAACAGGCGUGCCCUUCGUGAGCUCCUUUUCUGCGCUCCUGGUGCCCUCCAAUACCUCAGUGGAGUCAUUCUCUUUGAGGAAACUCUCUACCAAAAAACUGCAUCAGGCAAGCCCUUCGUUGAUGUCUUAAAGGAAGGUGGUGUUCUACCUGGUAUCAAGGUUGACAAGGGCACCGUUGAGCUUGCUGGCACUAACGGUGAGACCACAACUCAGGGUCUCGAUGGUCUUGGCCAACGCUGUGCAAAGUACUACGAAGCCGGUGCACGUUUUGCCAAAUGGCGUGCUGUGCUCAAGAUCAGUGCCACUGAGCCAUCUGAGUUGGCCAUCCAUGAGAAUGCCUAUGGUUUAGCCAGAUAUGCCUCCAUCUGCCAGGAGAAUGGCUUGGUCCCCAUCGUGGAGCCUGAAAUCUUGGUUGAUGGAUCUCACGAUAUUGAGAAGUGUGCUGCUGUAACGGAGCGUGUUCUUGCUGCAUGCUACAAAGCUCUCAAUGACCACCAUGUCAUGCUUGAGGGUACUCUUUUGAAGCCCAACAUGGUGACUCCUGGAUCAGAUGCACCAAAGGUUGCACAUGAGGUGAUUGCCGAGUUCACUGUUCGUGCCCUUCAACGUACUGUGCCUCCUGCAGUUCCUGCUAUUGUAUUUUUGUCUGGUGGCCAGAGUGAGGAGGAGGCUACGCUCAAUCUCAAUGCCAUGAACAAACUAAACACCAAGAAGCCAUGGUCUCUUUCCUUCUCAUUUGGACGUGCCCUUCAGCAGAGUACACUCAAGGCCUGGGGUGGCAAGACCGAGAAUGUGGAGAAGGCUCGUGCUGCAUUUCUUUCCAGGUGCAAAGCUAACUCAGAGGCUACUCUAGGUACUUACAAGGGCGAUGCUACUCCUGCCGAGGGUGCUUCAGAGAGCCUCCAUGUCAAGGACUACAAGUAUUAA